AUGGUCUGCCCGUGGGUUCCCCAACUGCUGUCCUGGACGGUGAUCCUGGCGCUUUUUUUCCUUCCCCAGGCACGGCUGGCCGGUGUUUUUGAACUUCAGAUCCACUCUUUCGGGCCAGGACCAGACCCAGGGGCCCCCAGGUCUCCCUGCAGCACCAGGUCCCCCUGUCGCCUCUUCUUCAGGGUCUGCCUGAAACCAGGGGUCUCUGAGGAAGCCGCGGAAUCUCCGUGCGCCCUGGGCGCAGCGCUGAGUGCGCAUGGACCAGUCUACAUGGAGCAGUCCCGGGCUCCAGUGCCUGACCUGCCGCUGCCUGAUGGCCUCAUGCGCGUACCCUUCCGGGAAGCCUGGCCGGGCACCUUCUCCCUCAUCAUCGAAGCCUGGAGAGAGCAGUUAGGGGAGCAGAUUGGAGGGCCGGCCUGGAGCCUGCUGGCGCGCGUGGCGGGCCGGCGCCGCCUGGCGGCCGGGAGCCCGUGGGCUUGGGACAUGCAGCGCGCAGGCGCCUGGGAGCUGCGCUUCUCUUACCGAGCGCGCUGCGAGCCGCCGGCCGUCGGGGCCACCUGUGCGCGCCUCUGCGGCUCCCGCAGCGCCUCCUCGCAGUGCGGCCCAGGACUGCGCCCCUGCACGCCGGUUGAGAAUGAGUGCGAGGCACAGCCGGCCUGUCGAGCUGGUUGCAGCCCAGAGCACGGCUUCUGUGAGCAGCCUGACGAAUGUCGAUGCCUGGAGGGCUGGACUGGGCCCCUCUGCACAGUACCGGUCUCCACCAGCACAUGUCUGAGCUCCAGGGGCCCAUCCUCUGCUGCCGUUGGGUGCCUUGUAUCUGGUCCUGGGCCCUGUGAUGGGAAUCCGUGUGCCAACGGGGGCAGCUGUAGUGAGACACUCGGGUCCUUCGAAUGUGCCUGUCCCCGUGGGUUUUACGGGUUGCAGUGUGAGGUGAGCGGGGUGACAUGUGCGGAUGGACCUUGUUUCAAUGGCGGCUUGUGUGUGGGAGGUGCAGACCCCAACUCUGCUUACGUCUGCCACUGCCCGCCCGGGUUCCAAGGCUCCAACUGUGAGAAGAGGGUGGACCGGUGCAGCCUGCAACCAUGCCGGAAUGGUGGGCUCUGCCUGGACCUAGGCCACGCCCUGCGCUGCAGCUGCCGCGCCGGCUUCGCAGGGCCACGCUGCGAGCACGACUUGGACGACUGCGCAGGCCGUGCCUGCGCCAACGGGGGCACAUGCCUGGAGGGCGCUGGCUCCCGCCGCUGCUCCUGUGCGCUGGGCUUCGGCGGCCGUGACUGCCGCGAACGCGCUGAUCCUUGUGCCACUCGGCCCUGUGCCCACGGGGGCCGCUGCUACGCCCACUUCUCUGGCCUUGUAUGCGCCUGCGCUCCCGGCUACAUGGGCGCGCGCUGCGAGUUUUCGGUUCACUCCGACGACAACGACGGCAGCGCAGGUGCAUUGCCCGCAGCCCCACCCGGCCUGCGGCAGAGUGACCCACAGCGCUUCCUUUUGCCACCAGCUUUGGGGCUGCUGGUGGCUGCAGGCUUGGCCGGCACUGCGCUUUUGCUGGUUCACGUGCGACGCGGUGGCCCUGGCCGACGUGCUGGGUCUCGCCUGCUACCGGGGACUCCGGAGCCAUUCGUCCAUGCACUCCCGGAUGCCCUCAACAACAGGAGGAUGCAGGAGGGUUCCGGGGAUGGUCUGAGCCCGUCUGUAGAUUGGAACCACCCCGAAGAUGGAGACUCGCCUGAGAUUUACGUCAUAUCUGCUCCUUCAGUCUGUGCUCCGGAGGCCUGAUCUGUUCCUUUUCCGUCAGCACCUGGAGACAGCCUGGAUAUUUUUGUGUUUACUUGACGGCGCCCAACCAAUCUUUGCCUCGGGCACUUUGGAGUUCAAGCUGGAAGGGGUGGCUGGGAGAAUUUUAC